GCUAUUGAAGAGGAAGGAGGCGAUCCAGAUAAUAUUGAAUUAACUGUUUCAACUGAUACUCCAAACAAGAAACCAACCAAAGGCAAAGGUAGAAAACCGGAAGCAGAGGAGUUGAGUGGAGAUGCUUCUGUGGAGGACGAUGCUUCCGUCAAGGACUGUGAAUUGGAGAAUCAAGAGGCACAUGAGCAAGAUGAAAGUGACGAAAUAAAGGAUUCUGAAGAGUUUGGUGAAAAUGAAGAAGAAAGUGUGCAUUCCAAGGACUUACUUUCUGCUGAAGAGAACAAGAGAGCUCAUGAAUUAAUAGAGGCAGAAGCAAUAGAAGAUAUAGAAAAAGAGGACAUCGAAAGUCAGGAAAUUGAAGCUCAAGAAGGUGAAGAUGAUACCUUUCUAACAGCCCAAGACGGUGAGGAAGAGGAAAAUGAGAAAGAUAUAGCAGGUUCUGGUGAUGGUACACAAGAAGUAUCUAAACCUCUUCCUUCAGAAGGGAACCUAGCUGAAGCUGGUCACACAGCUCCCGAAGAGAUGGAAGCUAAUGCGACUGUGAAAGAAGCUGAGGAUGACAACAUCUCGGUCACAAUCCAGGCUGAAGACGCCAUCACUCUGGAUUUUGAUGGUGAUGACCUCCUAGAAACAGGUAAAAAUGUGAAAAUUACAGAUUCUGAAGCAAGUAAGCCAAAAGAUGAGCAGGACGCCGUUGCACAGAGCCCGGAGAAGGAAGCCAAGGACUAUGAGAUGAAUGUGAACCAUAGAGAUGGUAAGAAGGAAGACUGCGUGAAGGGCGACCCUGUCGAGAAGGAAGCCAGAGAAGGUUCUAGGAAAGCAGAAUCUGGAGACAAAGAGAAGGAUUCUUUGAAGAAAGGGCCCUCGUCUACUGGGGCCUCUGGUCAAGCAAAGAGCUCUUCAAAGGAAUCUAAAGACAGCAAGACAUCGUCUAAAGAUGACAAAGGAAGCACAAGCAGCGCCAGUGGUAGCAGUGGAGGCUCCACUAAGAACAUCUGGGUGAGCGGGCUGUCUUCUAACACCAAAGCUGCUGACUUGAAGAACCUCUUCGGCAAAUAUGGGAAGGUGCUAAGUGCAAAGGUGGUCACAAACGCCCGAAGUCCUGGGGCGAAAUGCUACGGCAUCGUCACCAUGUCUUCAAGCACAGAGGUGUCCAGGUGCAUUGCGCAUCUUCACCGCACUGAGCUGCAUGGACAGCUGAUCUCCGUGGAGAAAGUGAAAGGUGAUCCUUCUAAGAAAGAAAUGAAGAAAGAAAACGAUGAAAAGAGUAGUUCAAGAAGUUCUGGAGAUAAAAAAAAUAUGAGCGAUAGAAGCAGCAAAAUACAGAUGUCUGUCAAGAAAGAAGAGAAAAGAUUAUCCGAAAAGUCUGAGAAGAAAGAAAGCAAGGAUAGUAAGAAAAUGGAAGGUAAAGAAGAGAAGAAUGACAACGGAGCAAGCAGCCAGACUCUGGACCUGACUAAAAAAAGUGAAGAAAAGAAACGAAUAAGUUCGAAGAGUCCAGGACAUAUGGUAAUAUUAGACCAAACUAAGGGAGACCACUGCAGGCCGUCAAGAAGAGGAAGACAUGAGAAGGUUCAUGCAAGGAGCAAAGAAAAGGAGAGGGCGAGCCUGGACAGAAAGAGAGACAAAGACCACCGGAGGAAGGAGAUCUUGCCUUUUGAAAAGAUGAAGGAACAGAGAUUGAGAGAACAUUUAGUGCGUUUUGAAAGGCUGCGGCGAGCGAUGGAACUUCGGAGACGAAGAGAGAUUGCAGAAAGAGAGCGUCGAGAGCGAGAACGAUUUAGGAUAAUUCGCGAACGGGAAGAACGGGAACGCUUACAGAGAGAGAGAGAGCGCCUAGAAAUUGAAAGGCAGAAACUAGAGAGAGAGAGAAUGGAACGCGAACGCUUGGAGAGGGAACGCAUUCGUAUUGAACAGGAGCGGCGGAAGGAAGCGGAGAGGAUCGCUCGGGAGCGAGAGGAGCUCCGAAGGCAGCAGCAGCAGCUCCGCUACGAGCAGGAGAAGAGGAGCUCCCUGAAGCGGCCCCGUGACGUAGACCAUAGGCGCGAUGAUCCUUACUGGAGUGAGAAUAAAAAGUUGUCUCUAGAUACAGAUGCCCGAUUCAGCCACGGAUCUGACUACUCUCGGCAACAGAACAGAUUUAAUGACUUUGAUCACCGGGAGAGGGGCAGGUUCCCGGACAGCUCAGCGGUGCCGUCCUCCUCUUUCGAAAGGCGGGAACGCUUUGUUGGUCAAAGUGAAGGGAAGAAAGCGCGACCCACUGCGCGGAGAGAGGACCCUGGCUUUGAGCGAUACCCCAAAAACUUCAGCGACUCGCGGAGAAACGAGCCUCCUCCGCGGAGCGAGCUCAGAGACACGGACAGAAGAGACGUGCGGGGCGAGCGGGAGGAGCGGAGGACCGUGAUCCUGCACGACAGGCCGGACCUGGUGCCCCCGAGACACCCCCGCGAGGCCGGGCCUGCGCCGUCCAGGCCCGCCUCCUGGAAGGGCGAGGGCAGCCUGGCCGCCGACAAGCGGGACUCGAGAGUGGAGCGGCCCGAGCGCUCCGGCAGGGACGGCCCGGGGCACGGCGUGAGGGGCGCUCCCCCCGGGGGUCGCAGCAACGCUUCAGGCUACGGCAGAGAGAGCGACCGCGGCGUCCUCGCAGACAGGGGAAGCGGAGCCCAGCACUACCCUGAAGAACGACACGUGGUCGAUCGCCAUGGACGGGACACAAGCGGACCGAGGAAGGAGUGGCACGGGCCACCUUCCCAAGGGCCUGGCUACCACGACACCAGGCGAAUGGGCGACGGCCGGGCCAGCGCGGGCAUGAUGAGCCAGCACGCGAGGUGUUUCGUCAGGAGAGUCACUCCGAUCACAGGGGUCCGUGCACACCCGUGUUUACAGCAGCUCAGCUCCGAGCAGCCGAGCCCUGGGAGCAGCCGUGUGUCCCUCGGCAGACGACUGCGUACGGAAAAUGCGGUACUGCACACAGCGAAGCACUAGUCUGCCGUAAAGAAGGGUACCAGGGAUCAGGACGGUGCAAAUGACAGUUCAUCCCAGCAUCAUGCGCCCUAGAUCCAGCCACCUCUGAAAAAGCCCCACCUAUGGGAGCCUGAG